AUGGAGAAAAGACGUCGGGUCAGCAAGUUGUGCAUUCUUUGUGUCUUCUUAACCCUUGUCUCUGUAGCAACCAUUAUCACGCUGUGGACUAUUGCCCUGACCAGAGGAGAUGAAGGGGAUGAUGUCGUCUCUCCUUGGGACAGGUAUCGUCUCCCCACUUCUCUGGUCCCUCUCUCCUACAACAUUACCCUGUGGCCUCAUCUAACACCUGACCCCGACUCUGGUCUCUACCUCUUCACAGGUACUUCUACUGUGAUGUUUGAGUGCACAACAGAAACCGAUCUGGUCCUGAUCCACUCGAACAAGCUCAACUACACUUUGCUGGAAAACAAAGACAUUGCCCUGCUUCUUGCUUCAGGCGAUGGUUUUGUUCCCAGCAUUACGUCCACCUGGCUGCAGCCAAAGACACAGUACCUGGUGGUCCAGCUAAAUGGCAGAUUAAGUCAAGGAGAGACAUAUCUUCUGCACACUGAAUUCACUGGAGAGCUGGCUGAUGACUUAGCUGGCCUUUACAGAAGUGAAUAUGUAGAAGAUGGAGCCAGAAGGAUUGUUGCUACCUCUCAGAUGCAUCCAACUCAUGCAAGGAAAACCUUCCCUUGUUUCGAUGAACCAGCUAUGAAAGCUGUUUUCUACAUAACACUCAUCCACUCACCUGAAACUGUAGCGCUGUCCAAUGGCCAUGAAACAGAUGCUGUUAACACCACUAUUGAUGGAGUAGCUGUGACAAGGACCACAUUUGAGCCAACUAAAAAAAUGUCAACUUAUUUAUUGGCCAUUGUCAUCUCAGACUACAUCCAUCUCAAUUCGACACAAGGCAAUAUCUUGAUACGUAUCUGGGCUCGAAGGAAGGCCAUGGAGCAAGGACACGGAAACUACGCUCUCAGUGUGACAGGACCCAUACUGAACUUUCUUCAAUGCUAUUGCAACAUCUCCUAUCCUCUGAGGAAGUUGGAUCAAAUUGCUCUGCCAGACUUUUAUUUUGGGGCGAUGGAGAAUUGGGGUUUGGUGACAUACAGAGAAACCAAACUGCUGUACAUCCCUUUGACCUCCACCAGUCAAAAUAAAGAGUCCACAGCCACCAUCAUUGCUCAUGAACUAGCUCACAUGUGGUUUGGUAAUCUAGUAACCCUGAGGUGGUGGAAUGAGGUGUGGCUCAAUGAGGGCUUUGCUUCAUAUGUGUCUUAUCUGGCAGCGGACUCUGUUGAGCCCACAUGGGGCUUGAAAGAUCAGAUCGUUCUCAGUGACAUCCACAGAGUGUUUGCAGUUGAUGCCUUGACCUCUUCUCAUCCUUUGUCUUCUAAAGAAGACAGUAUUGUACUGCCAGAGCAGAUCAGUCAGCAGUUUGAUAUCGUCUCAUACAGCAAGGGUGCAGCAGUCUUGAGAAUGUUGUCUGGUUUCCUAUCAGAGCCUGUCUUUGUCCAAGGACUCAGUAAAUACCUCAGCAACUUUGCCUACAGUAACACAGUAGGAAAUGACCUGUGGGAAAAUUUACAAAGGGCGGUGGAAGCCAACAAUGUUUAUCUUCCUCAUCGAGUUCAUGACAUCAUGAAUCGUUGGGUACUUCAGAGGGGCUUCCCUGUCGUUACCAUCGAUACUGCCACAGGAAAAGUAUCUCAGAAGCACUUCUUGCUGGACACUGACUCCAAAGUCUCAGUGGGAUCACCAUUUGACUAUGAGUGGCUGAUUCCAAUUCGAUGGAUGAAGUCUGGUGAGGUCCAAAGAGAUAUCUGGUGGCUGAUGGAAAAAACAGCUAUGAACUUGGAGAUGAGGAGUGGCGGCUUGUGGAUUCUUGCCAAUGUCAACGUCACAGGUUAUUAUCGAGUAAAUUAUGAUCUAGGAAACUGGGAAAGACUCCUGGCUCAGCUUAUCGGAGAUCAUCAGCUUAUUCCACUAACAAACAGAGCCCAGCUUGUGGAUGAUGCCUUCAAUCUGGCCAGGGCUCACGUGGUUUCUGCCUCACUUGCUCUGAGAACCACAUCUUAUUUGUAUGCUGAGACUGAUUACAUUCCCUGGCAGACUGCUCUAAAUAACCUUCACUAUUAUUACCUUAUGUUGGACCAAACUGAGGUCUAUCACCCUAUGCAGGAAUACAUGAAGAAGUUAGUAACUCCUCUCUACUUGUAUUUCAAAAAGAUGACAGACUGGAUCCAAGUUCCACAGAGACACACGGACCAGUACAAUCAGGUGAAUGCCAUCACAAUGGCUUGCAAGACUGGAAUAACACAGUGCCAAAACCUGACCACUGCAUGGUUCAAGCAAUGGAUGGACAAACCUCAGCAUAAUUUGAUCCAGCCACACCUGCGGGAUGCAGUAUACUGCAGUGCCAUUGCGUCCGGUGACAAGGCAGAGUGGGAGUUUGGCUGGACCCAGUUCAAGAAUGCCUCUGUAGCCAGCGAAGCCAGUAAACUCAUGUCUGCCCUAGCCUGUACCAGCAACACACAACUGCUGGAAAGAUAUCUGUCAUACACUUUAAAGCCAGCUAUGAUUCGUAAGCAGGAUGCCUCUAUAGUCAUUGGGUCUGUAGCCAGCAACAGAUUGGGUCAGGAACUAGCGUGGGACUUUAUUAAACUGCAUUGGGACUACAUGAUCACUCAAUAUGGUGUGGGAUCCUUCAAUUUUGCCUCGAUAAUCCAUGGAGUCACAGGAAGAUUUUCUACAUCUGCCCAGCUACAACAGCUAGAAGAUUUUAUGACUGAGCACCAAGCAGCAGGCUUUGGUUCAGCAACUCUGGCGUUGGAGCAGGCUGUGGAGAGGACCAGAGCCAAUAUCAAAUGGCGACAGCAGAACAAACAAGAGAUCCUCGACUGGUUCACCAGCCAGACAAACCAAUGAAGUGUCAGAAUUAAGUGGUUAUACACCAUACGUACUAUAUAAACAUGGGGGAAAAACAAAUGUAUCACACAUACUGUAGGUGACAUACAGUGUA